AUGGCAUACUCCAGACGUCUUCGUCAACAUCUUCAGCAACUUGCUAUGCUAAUCAUUCUAUCUCAUUUGUCAACUUCGAUAGAAAUUAUAGUUGCUUAUGAGGAUAGUUAUGGUUUAAAUUACAAUGGCUGGAACAUUACAUCUCUUCUUGAGGUCACUCAAUCUCUAAGCCCUUUGGUGGACUGGCACAAGUGCAGCAUCUCAAGCCUUUCAGAAUGUGUAGAUUAUUAUCCGAACUCAUUAAUUAUCUUGGAUUUAUCAGAAAAUUUGGAUAUAUUUCUUAUAAUCUUAAUGCAUAAGACUAUCAGUAUAUAG